AGAAAUUAGCAGUAUCUAGCAAAUGGCAAAAUCUAAGCACAAACCACUUUUGGUAAUCUCAUUUCUAGUACUGUUCUUUUCACUCAUAUGCUCUUCGUUUGCUGAGAUUAUCUUCGAAGAGCGUUUUGAAGAUGGAUGGCAGAGUAGGUGGGUGAGGUCUGAUUGGAAAAGGAGUGAAGGAAAAGCUGGAUCUUUUAAGCACGCUGCAGGAAAGUGGAAUGGUGACCCUGAUGAUAAAGGUAUUCAGACGACUACUGACGCUAGGCAUUUUGCGAUUUCCGCUAAGAUACCGGAAUAUAGCAACAGGAAUAGGACUCUGGUUCUUCAGUAUUCGAUUCGACUCGAGCAGGACAUUGAAUGCGGUGGAGGUUAUAUAAAGCUUCUUUCGGGUUACGUUAAUCAGAAGAAGUUUGGUGGUGACACUCCUUACAGUGUGAUGUUUGGACCUGAUAUAUGCGGCACGCAGACGAAGAAACUCCAUGUCAUAGUUUCAUAUCAGGGACAAAAUUACCCUAUCAAGAAGGACUUGCAAUGUGAAACGGAUAAGUUAACCCAUUUUUAUACGUUCAUUCUUCGGCCCGAUGCAUCGUACAGUGUCCUGAUUGACGGUCGAGAAAGAGACUCGGGGAGCAUGUAUACUGACUGGGAUAUUCUACCUCCCCGCAAAAUUAAAGCGGUCAAUGCGAAAAAGCCUGCGGAUUGGGAUGAUAGAGAAUAUAUAGAUGAUCCAAAUGAUGUCAAACCUGAGGGAUAUGAUUCUAUUUCACGAGAAAUCCCUGAUCCAAAAGCAAAGGAGCCGCAUGAUUGGGAUGAAGAAGAAGAUGGACUAUGGAGAGCACCGAAAGUUCCAAAUCCAGCAUACAAGGGACCAUGGAAGCGUAAGAAAAUCAAGAACCCUAAUUACAAAGGGAAAUGGAAGAUUCCUUGGAUUGAUAAUCCUGAAUUUGAAGAUGAUCCUGAUCUGUAUGUUUUGAAGCCGAUCAAGUACGUUGGAAUCGAAGUUUGGCAGGUGAAAGCCGGUUCCGUUUACGACAACAUUCUGAUUUGCGAUGAUCCCGACUAUGCAAAGAAAGUAGUGGAGGAAGUAUUCGCUAACAGGGAGGCUGAAAAAGAAGCAUUUGAGGAAGCUGAGAAAGUGAGAAAAGCAAAGGAGGAAGAGGAAGCACAAAGAGCAAGAGAAGAAGGCGAAAGGAGGAGAAGAGAAAGGGGUCAUGACAGAAGGGAUAGGGGCGACCGAUACAGGGACAGAUACAAGAAGCGGCGUCAUGAUUACAUGGACGACGACUAUCAUGAUGAACUUUGAUUAUACUCUACCCUUCUUCAUAAGCAAGACAUAUUUGGGUGUGCUAGUUGAUAGUUAUCUGUAUUAGCGAGAGAAGGCGGUUAAUUUGUAUGCUGUGUCUUCAACUUUUCAAGAGCAAGAAGAGUCUUAUUGUUUAUGUAUUUGUCUUGCUUAAUAAUUGCUUACCUUUGGAUCUAUUAUCAUAUUUAUUCUAUACUUUCAAUUUUUUUCUAUUA